AUGCACUCCAAACCAAAUUUACUUCAGAAAAAGCAAAAUGCAGUACUACAACUGCUAUCCACUGAACAAAUACAAGAGAAAUUGGCAAAUCCAACCAUAUCAGCCGUAUCCUUAACAUUCCCCAUCACAAACCUGAUAAAAAAGCAAAAAUUUGAUACGAAUCCUUCCUUAUUAUCCUAUUCUUUAACGAGCAGUGGAUUUAAGGAUUGGUAUGCGGACAUCGAGACGGGAUCAUCUUUGGAUCUACCACAGGAUAAUUUGAUCCAAUUGUACUGGGAUGUUAUCCUGAUUAUGGAGUCGCAAUUCCUCUAUGACGUUUCUCAUUUGAAGAAAUUCCAAAAUCAUUUGAUUGACACCAUGGGGACCCGAUUAAGGUAUAAUAAUUCCAAGACCUUGAGGGACACCCGAUCAUGGAGAGGAUUAUGCGAUAACUACAUGAUGGUUUACUUACCACUGAUCUUUGAUGAUCUGAUUUGGUGCAAAUAUGAUUCGGUAUAUCUACAUGUCGUAUUACCCCCAAUAGAGUCAUGGCGAAAGAAUGAUGGGAAACAAAGCACCUGUAAGGAAUGGUUGUUGAGUUUAUUGGAAUUGAGCAAUUCGUUAGAUUUGCAAUAUUUACGAUUAUAUCUCAGAAGAAACGAUAGCAAUACCAAUGAUCUGACAACGUUACUACGAAAUUUGAACUGGAUAGGUGGGAGGAUACUACCCAAUGAAAAUAGAAACGAAUUAUUUGAUACAGACAACAAUGACAGGAAUGGUUUCGAUAAUUUAAUGUUGGGCGAUGAAAAUUUUGUCAUAUUGGAGUUUGAAAGUUGA